AUGUCUAAUCCUAAGCAAACCUACAGAGUUUGCUUUUGUUUCCGGCGCCGGUUCCGGAUGGCUGCCGCUGAGGCGCCGGAGGAUAUCAAGUCCUUGUUCCAGCAGUACUCUGAGAAUGGCUUCAUGAGCGCCGAUGAUCUGCGGCGUUUCAUGGUUGAGAUUCAGAAAGAAAAGAGCACCACUGUAGAGGACGCUCAAGCCAUUAUCAACAGCCUCCAACACCUCAAUAUUUUCCAUCGCAGAGGUCUUCAUCUGGAUGCCUUUUUCAAGUAUCUCUUUGGAGAUAUUAAUCCUCCUAUUGAUACCAGCCGUGGGGUUCACCAUGAUAUGACUGCUCCAUUGUCCCAUUACUAUAUAUAUACUGGGCAUAAUUCUUACUUGACUGGCAACCAACUAAGCAGUGACUGCAGCGAUGCUCCCAUUAUAAAGGCGCUGAAGAGUGGAGUCCGUGUAAUUGAAUUGGACAUUUGGCCUAAUUCCACCAAAGAUGAUGUUGAUGUCCUGCAUGGAAGGACUCUGACUACUCCUGUCAAACUCAUCAAAUGCUUGAGAUCGAUCAAAGAGCAUGCUUUUUCUGCUUCUGAGUAUCCUGUAGUUAUAACACUUGAAGAUCAUCUUACUACGGACCUUCAAGCUAAAGUAGCUGAGAUGAUUACUCAAACAUUUGGAGACAUGCUGUUUUCCCCUGGAGGAGACAAACUUACGGAGCUGCCCUCUCCCGAGUCCCUGAAAAAGCGGGUAAUGAUAUCAACUAAACCACCAAAGGAGUACUUGGAAGCUAAAGUCCAUGCAGAAGAGAAAAAUUCAAAGGAAGGGAAACAAUUAGCUGAGGAAGAAGCAUGGGGAAGAGAUCUUGAUGCUAAGUCCAGGACCAGUGAUGCAGACAAUCAGGAUGAUGGUGAAGAUGAUGAGGACAAUGACAAUGAUGAUGUAGAUCAUAAGUCCCAGCAAAUUGAAGCACCAGAAUAUAGACGUUUGAUUGCCAUUCACGCUGGAAAGGGAAAGGGCGGACUGGAUGAUUGGCUGAGGGUUGAUCAUAAUAAAGUGAGGCGUCUUAGUUUGAGCGAACUUGAACUUGAAAAGGCUGCUCAAACUCAUGGAAAGAAUCUUGUGAGAUUCACCCAGCAGAACUUGUUAAGAAUAUACCCGAAGGGAACACGAGUUGACUCGUCCAAUUACAAUCCAUUAAUUGGCUGGAUGCACGGGGCUCAAAUGGUUGCACUAAACAUGCAGGGUUAUGGAAGAUCUCUCUGGGUCAUGCAUGGAAUGUUCAGGGCAAAUGGUGGCUGUGGAUAUGUUAAAAAACCAGACAUUUUAUUAAAGGCUGGUUCAAAUGAUGAUGUCUUUGAUCCUAAAGCCAUAUUACCAGUCAAAACAAGGUUGAAGGUGACCGUGUACAUGGGCGAAGGAUGGUACUACGACUUCCGUCACACACAUUUCGACACUUAUUCUCCUCCGGAUUUCUAUGCAAGGGUAGGGAUAGCUGGAGUUCCUGCUGAUAGCAUAAUGAAGAAAACAAAGACCUUGGAGGACAACUGGAUUCCGACUUGGGAUGAAGAGUUUGAGUUCCCCUUAACGGUUCCAGAAUUGGCUUUGCUUCGUGUCGAGGUUCAUGAGUAUGAUAUGUCUGACAAGGAUGAUUUUGGAGGACAAACGUGCUUGCCUGUUUCAGAAUUAAGAGAAGGAAUCCGAGCAGUCCCCCUUCACAGCCAAAAAGGGGAGAAGUACAAAUUUGUAAAGCUGCUUAUGCGAUUUGAAUUCAUUUGA